UUCAGCCAUUUUGUUUAACUCCCGGUGAAUAUAAUUAUUAACACAUACAAACCGUUGAUUAUUGAAAACAAUUAAACGAUCGCAAUAAUUUAGAUUUGUAUAUUACUUCUGGACAUAACACUAACAAUGAAACUGUUGGUACUUUUUAUUGGAUUGUUUUUGGUAGUUGAGACAGUUUCUGCUCAACAAGGAAACUGCCAUACGAUAGAUUCAUGCUCCUGUGUCUACGAUGAUGGAUUGAUAGUCAAUUUGACAUCACUGGCAAGAACAGAUGGCCUGCCAAAUUUCAGCAACAAGACCGACAAUGCAGGUAGUGGGGACACAUACUCGUGGAACCCGUGCGUGCCUUUCUCCUACAUAGGACCGAAAAAUAACACCGAGUGUGAGGGUGUUGCGGUGUGUAUGAUACGCCCAGGCUUUCCCAACCCGUUAAUGUACGAUCUAGGUAAACAGGAUAGUGCCAAUUUCAACGUUGACGAAAACGGAACACUGACCUUGACAUACACUUCGGAUCAAGGUGACUUCAAACGCACAACGACUAUAAUACUUCAGUGUUUUGAUAGCACCGUAUUUGACUUCUUUGUAAUUGAUGGAGAACAAGACAUCAACAACGUCACCAUUGACUAUAAAAUGACACUGGCAAGCCAGUGGUCAUGCGCAUACGCUCCAAGUAUAACUCCUGCGGAGACACCAUCAUCCGGUCUAAAUGGUGGAGUCAUCUUUGUCAUUGUAGUGUUCAGUCUGCUUGGCGCAUACCUUAUUUUCGGUGGGCUGUAUCAGGCUCUGAUUAAUAAGGAAUCUGGUAUGCGGCUGUGUCCUAACCACCAGUUCUGGUGCGCCAUUCCAAAUGUUUUCAGGGGCAAGAAAUCCAACGUGAUCAACACCGACGGCGGUAACACAUACGAGAGUAUUUAAUCUGACUGAAUAUUCAAUCAUUUAACUCACAUGUUUUCAUUCUUGGCUUUAUCCUCUCGAACUUGGU